AGGUUUGUCAGCCUUGAGCCAGCCGCCGCUCGCGAGUGACGUGCGCUCUGUUGCUACGUUGCUAAAAUUUCGCGCUAAACUGUUUACAUACGGAAUUUGAAAAUGAGAUAGCGUAUUCUCAAAAGUGCAGUGUUGAGAAAAAAAAAGGUUUAGUGACUCGAAUUUGGAAUAAAGUGUUGAAUUAAAGUGCUAACGGGUUCUUAGUGUUGUGUGCUAACAGUUAAGUUGAAGUUAAGUAAAAACAAAAGUGUUGAAGCAAGAUGGGUGCAUAGGAUUUGUUUAAGAAGUGUUAAUCAUUGUUUAGAAAGUUGCCGCAGCGCCAUGGGGACCAGCAGAAUGCUUUCACCGUUUACUCUGUUCCUGUUAUGUGCAGCGGUCACUUGGGCGGGCGCCGAAGAUGAAAGCCACGACGCGCGCGAAGGCGAUGAUGUGACACUCCGUUGUCGCUUCAACUUCGAGCCUCUUGCUGGAGAAUCACCCACGUACUACUGGGUGCGAAGCACCGCUAGCGGACACGACAAUGUCGCUAUCAAGGACACGCCGCUCGAGACCAACUACCAAAUCACGUUCGCGCCGGCUGAGGGGCGUUACGACCUGUCCGUGUCAAACGUGUCGUACGAACGGGAUAAUGGACGCUUCGAGUGCCGGGUGAAGGCGGGGGGGUCGGGGCGCACGCUGCACUCGCAGGCGCACGCUCUGGUCGUGCUCACGCACCCUCGUGCGCCUCUGCUCUCGCCUGGCGCGCACGCUAAUGCGCAAGAGGGAAGGGAGAUCAAGCUCGCGUGCUCGAGCUCGGGAGGGUCGCCGGAACCUGUUGUCAAAUGGUACCGCGACGGUUCAACCUACCCGCUUGAAGCCAACAUGACGCACGCGCGCACACGCGCCGAGCCUACCAUAGCAACUUUAACACUCACACCAACAAGAGACGACGACGAUGCUGUCUUCCGUUGUGUAGUCUGGAACCGCGCUAUGCCGGAGGGACAGCAGCUAGAUGCAACUAUUCAGCUUAGUGUGAACUAUUUCCCUCGAGUCGAGGUCGGCCCAGAAAAUCCGCUGCGAGUAGAACUCGACGGCAGCGCUACCAUGGAGUGCAAAGUUGAUGCCAAACCCAAAGUAAACUCCGUAACCUGGAUGAGGAACGGCAAAUUUAUAUCCAACUCCUUCACACACACCAUCCAGGGCGUGACCGUGCAGGAUGCAGGCAAAUACUCCUGCUCCGCUGACAACGGGCUGGGGCGCUCCGGCGAACGAGAGAUCUUCGUCGAUGUCCUAUACCCACCAACUGUUACUGUCGAGUCCAAAACCUUUGAGGCUGAAGAGGGCGGCACCGUCAAGAUCCACUGCGAAGUGUCCGCCAACCCCGAACCCAUAUCGAUAGAAUGGACCAUGGAAGGCAAACCUGACUUCAAACAGGACGGCAACGAUUUACUGCUGACGCGCGUGAACGCCGACAUGGCCGGCACGUAUGUGUGCCGCGCCAUCAACGUCAUCUCCGCGACCAAUGGGAAGCGAGUCGAGCGCGCCAGCAGCGCGUCUGUAGCUGUUCUAGUCAGACACAAGCCUGGCCCGGCGCGCGUCAGCCCCGACCGACCAGUAGCACAGGAGGGCGCCGGUGUCACCCUCACUUGCACAGCGCGUCCGCCCGGCUGGCCGGCUCCACAGUACCGCUGGUUCCGCGAUAUCGACUCGGCCGAUGCUAAACCGCAAGUUCUCGCAACGGGCAACAAAUACACCAUCCCGAGCGCCCAUCUCGGUAGCGAAGGCGUCUACCACUGCCAGGCCACCAACGAGCUCGGCCACGGCGACCUCGCCUCGGUCACUCUCGAAGUCCACCAGCCCCCCAGAUUCCAAGCCAAACUCCAGCCCCACAUGACCAAGCCCUCCGGCGAACAAGACUUCUCCGUAACUUGCAGCGCGCUCGGCAAACCCCGCCCGAACGUCAAGUGGUACAAAGACAACUCCGAGAUUAAACUCGACGGGAACUUGUACGAAGUCAAAACUGAUAUCACAGAGGGCAGAAACUCUGUUUACAACGUGCAGAGUACGCUGAGAUUCUACGGAAAGGCGCGACCGAGCACUAACGAUCUACUGCCGGAGGAUAGAGGGAUAUAUUCGUGUACGUUCGAGAAUGAAGUCAAGAAAGUCGAGUCCACUAUGCAUCUCAGGAUAGAACAUGAACCUAUACCGAUCAAGCAACAGAAAAAAGUAGCAUACGACGUGAAGGAAGUCGCCGAAAUCUCAUGCCGAGUGCAAGCGUACCCCAAACCAGAAUUCCAGUGGUUCUACGGCUCAAACACGGCCCCACUACAAAUGUCUUCCGACGGACAUUACGAAAUAAACACUAGUACAGAUAACAACGAUUCCUACUUCAGCGUUCUGAAGAUAAGAAAUGUAAAACCACAGGACUAUGGGGAUUAUUACUGCAACGUUAAAAACUCGCUUGGGAGCGUGCGACCACAAAUAAAACUACAACCGAAAGGCGCACCCGAAACGCCUAAAGCGCUCACGAGUAAAAAAAUCGGCCCUAGUUACGUGACUCUUCAAUGGGAGGCUGGAUUCGACGGGGGUCUGUCAAGUACCAAAUACUUCGUGAGAUACAGGCGCGUGGGAGCCCCGGGCGCUCCGGGGGCGGCGGACUGCGUGGCCGAGCGCACGGCGGCGCAGGACUGGAUGGAGUAUGACUGCGGGCGUUCCAACCCAUGCAAUGUGACCCGGUUGGAUCAGCACAACUCUUACUCUUUCAAGGUGAAAGCCGUAAACACGAAGGGACAGAGCAACUACUCCAACGAGCUGACAGUCACAACCAAGGUUGACAAGAUACCCGCGCCAGAGCAGGUCACGUACGAGCCGAGCUCCAGGACCGUGGCGUUCAGCGUCGGGCCCACUUGCUUACCGCUGGUGGGCGUCGCGGAGGCUAUGCAGCCUAACCAUCAUUGGCAGGUCCUGGACACAGUACCCCUCCGUCUGUCCGGCGCCGCGUCCACGGCGCAAGAGGCCGUCCUGGAGUCCCCCGCCCCGCGCGGGCCGCGGCCCGACGACCCCAACCCUCGCCUGCGGCUCAAGCUGUGUCUCCAGGUCAACCAGGAGGUCUGCAGCGAUUACACUGAGGCUGACAUCGGCCCACCCUACAUAAAAGAAGCCUCAUCAUUCAGCACAGCGACCCUCGUCGCCAUCCUCAUCUCCUGCUUAGUCUUCCUACUCUUCCUAAGUCUACUCUUCGUGUUCUGCCGUUGCAAACGCAACGAGAACAAGAAAGAGACCGCCAAAGACUAUGAAAUGGAUUCCAUGAGACCGGCAAUGGUGACGCCUCAGAACCAGGCGCCUCCGCCCUACUACCCUAGCUCCGGGAUGGAGAAUAAAGCUCUAGAACAUUCUAUGGAGCUAGCACUAGCUAUGGAGGAUUCUAAGAGCGCUGUUUACGCGUCGCAGAGUGGCUAUGGUUAUCACUUGGCGCCGCAUCAGACGAUGCCGCAUGGGCAGCUGCAGCCGCAGUCGCACCCGCAGAAUAUGACCAAUACUGACUGGGUGAACAUGGGCUACAUAGAGAACAGCUACACGAACAGCAACAACGGAGGCAGCGUCAAUUCGCAGGACUCGUUGUGGCAGAUGAAGAUGGCAGCCGCCAACGGCGCCAUGCCCUCACACCCGCCACACCAGGUGCUCGACCGCCAGAGCCACUACGGCUACGACGCGCACGGCUACGGCGCCAUGGACGACUACGCGCCCUACCCGCUGCCCGCGCCGAGCGCCGACUGCCUGCGCUCGCAGAACCCGAGCCGCCAGGAGUACUGCUCCGACCCGUACGCGCAGGUGCACAAGCCGAAGAAACAACAGCAUAUAGAAUCCCCAUACCACGAGGUGAGCGGGCUCCCGGAGUCGUACGGCGGCUCGGCGGGCGGCGAGGACAAGCCGCAGCUGUCGCUCGGCUACGACGAGUCGCUCGAGUCCGGCUACUCCACGCCCAACUCGCGCGCGCGCCGCGUCAUCCGCGAGAUCAUCGUGUAGCCCGGGCCCGGGCCGCCGUAAGUCUAGCAUUCACGGUCUUACUAUUGAGCGCUUGACAAAGCUGCCUUUGUAUGGCAAAAUUGGUCAUUGUUAAACCUUUUUAAGGAAUAAGCUCUGUUUUUAUGUAUCGGAUAUUAAAAUUACUGUUCUAUUAACCAAUCUAGUAACAAAUUUAUCAGUUUUUGUACUAAAAUUACAGUUAGAUUCGCCAAUAGAACGGUCCUGUUAAUAUCUAGGAUACGAUAACAAUGUAAUCACUUGUGUCUUUGUGUGAACGCUGGGCUUCACACAGGCGAUUCUCUGAAUUAGGCUAGCCAGCACUAGCGUGAAACUUUGUCCGCGACUAAGUUGCAAGACGAAUAUUUGUUUGACUCUGGAGCUACGUAAACAAAUCGUGGGUUGAUGUGAACUUAAUUCGCAAUUUAACUGCCGUCCAAGCCCGCUGCCCCACAGUUGUGUCACGAAUCCUUUAGUAGUAUCAGAUUUUUUAUUCUCAAGCUUUAUAAAUGUAGUGUCAAUAUGCCCAAUUGUGAUUUAUGUCAAUUGUGAUAAGACGCCACUUAUGGCGAUCGCUUGUUGUGAAUUCAAUACAAAUUUAUUAUCAAAAUCUAUUCUGAGCGAAUGAAUACGUACAAUCGAACAGUUUUACAGGUAUUUCGGAUCGGAGGCAAUUUCUGUUCGUGAUUGACGUAAUUCAUCCCACAAAGCAAGCCGUAACUCGCAACAAAUGUAUGUUUCUGUAUUACUAUCAAACGAGACUGAUAAGCCAUAUGAAAUAGGUAUUUCACCAGAGCGUGGAAUGGUUGCAGUCGAAAGUUUACUAUUAAAGUUGCAAUAUUAAUCGAAACGUAUUUACGAUUUUUAAAUUGCAAUAUCUACUUCGCGCGUCCAAAUCUGGCGAAUUCACCGCUAGUGUGUCAUUCGCGCACUAGGAAAGGAUCGCUAACUGAUUGGCUGAUUGCAUGCAUUUCGUACUUGGUGAUUAUUAUGUCAGCGAUCGUGCAGUACGUUCGUUUUCAUGAUCAAAUUUGUGCGUUCGGCAGAUUUGGACACACCUUAAGAUAUGUUCGUGCUUGUUCAAUUUUGAAAAUGUCGCCGCACCGGGAUUAAUUCCAACUGUCAGCCAUUCCAACUCAUCCUCGGGUGGGUACCCGUGAGAACACGCUCGUUCAUUAUUAAUACGUAAUUAAGCGUUGGUCACAUCAUAAACAAUGUUAAUCCUGUGAAUAAUUAAAAGGCUCAGUCGUAUGUAUUAGACAUCACUUGAACGGAGGUUGUACUUUUACCUUCUUUUAUCGUAGUAUCUAAAUUACAGAUGUAUAUUUCCCGUUGAUAUCUUCAAGUUUUAGAAGAUGACGGAGCUGAUAUUAUAGGUAUAAUUUAGUUGGUAAGUUGUUAAUGUUAUGAUCAGAGUAAGUGGGCUAGUUAGUGUAGUUUCAGGUCUACGUCGCGUUGGUCGCUCGAAACCGUAAACCUUACUUUUUUUUAUUUGGACAUUAUAUGUAAAUUAUUCAUAGAACCUUGAGUUCUGUUGACGCAAAUUGAAGAAAAAAAAGUGCAGACAAUUUACGUAGGUAUAAUUUUAAUUAUAAUUAAUCAAAAGUGGGGGGUAUGGAUUAUAACUGAGCGGCCCACGCCCGACUGUCAGGACCAUAGUUAAGAAAUAUAUCUUAAGAUUGCGUUAAUGAGCUUACUAUUGAAUUUAUAAGACGUCAGUCUCGACGUCACGUGACGCACGAGGUGGAAGACUGUCAUAGCUGUAACGAUAGAUAGGUUUUCCAAUUAUUUGUCUCAUUUCCGUCUAAGAUCUUGGUAGGAUAUGUCGGUCUAAUUUUGUGUAAAGUCAUAUUUCCACAUGUGUAAAUAGAAUGCGUAAUUAUAAGUCUUCUUGUCAAUCUCUAUUGAGGCAGCUGUAUUUUAAGUAUUUUUACUGGAUUUUAUUAUCGUCAAUGUUCAUUUUUUGCUUGUUUGAAUCAAAAACUAUUCUACUUUCUGAUAUACUAAUAACAUUUUGGUGUAUAAAUAAUAUCUUUUAACAUUUAUUAACUUAGUCAUUUAAUUUAAAUACUCUUGAUUGAUCUUGAGUGCCAUCUUAUUUUUCUCGAGGUAGCGAACUCAAAACUACCUGCGACGGUAAAAAUGAUAUUAUAUUUAUAUAAUUAUAGUUUGUACUCAAGAAACUGCCACGAACGUAAUAUUAAAAUGUGCACUAUUUUUGUCUCAACCAAUUUUCACGUAGUUAAAUUAAAUUCUAGAAUGUUACUGCCGCUUCAGACGUAUGUAAGGAAAUUGAUCUCAUGUUCACCCGCAAUCAUUAUUGCAACUUUUAAACGAAAGCACUAACUCACUUGCGCUUGUCAAAUACGUUAAUAUUAUGCAAUGAGUUCCAAGUUAUGUUUAAAACAGUACUUUAACUUUUUAAAUCUGAAAGUCCAAUUAUGAAGUGAAUUAAGCAGCGACGCUCGCAAGUUCGUGCUAUGAAAAGCUGGAGUUGCUGGCAAAGUUUGAACUGGCCUGCGGCCGCUGCAUGCCUCUGGAAUUUUAUGUUUUGCACUUAGGUACAUUGCCCGAUUCAUGCAAAUGAGCUAAUUGCAAAAUUUUGUAUUUUUGCCUAUUUCUUGCUCAGAAUAAUUAAUAUUUUCGAACUUGAUAAUACCGGGUGAUUUUGGGGUCGUUAAGAUGGGUCAUGCUGAACAUGAUUUCCCAUGGGACCUUCUACUUUAAUACCAUUACAUAUUUUUUUCUCGAUUUUGUGGCUAGUCCCAAUGGGAUUUUUGUUUAGUAUGACCAUCUUAAUACAUUUUUGUUAAGGAUCACGACCCCAUAAUCACCCAGUAUACGAAAAACUUGGACGGAACGAUUCUGAGCAAGAAUAUACCAAGAGGAAAGUUUAAACACAUAUAAUAUGGAAAUAUUUCUAAAGGGCUCACUAUAACUCUCCCAAGUCAACUAGACAACUUCCACGGGACAGUUAUUUAAGACAUCUUAGACAUGUCCGUCAGUGUGAAAAUAACUAUAUUUCGUAAGCGUACCAUCGCAUAACGCAUAAUUGUCUGAUUGGUUUGAGCGACUUAUAAAAUAAGCCUUCAAAACACAAAUUCAUUAUAAUGUGCACAAAUUUCACGCUAUUAAACUGCUCAUUAGCCAUCGCACGACCAUUGACACGAGCACUUAAUUAAUUUGUACAUUACAGAUUGAUUCGAUACAUACUCUGUAAAAUUGAUGCUCAUUAUUACUUAGUACAAAUAUAAAGCACAAUUUGAUGAUUUCAUUAUUGUGUUACCUCUGUCCAAAUAUGUGCCAAAAAGAGCAUUCUCAUUAAAGGACUGAGCACAUAGCCGGGACAUAUACAUUAUAAUAUGUAUAUGUUAUUCAGCAACGCUUCUAGGGACUAGAAUUCAACCAUAUAGCAAUAUAUGACCAUCCAUGGAUAAAUGCGCGCCUAAGAUGUGUAGAAUAAGAGAUACUUUGUGACUAACUCAUCGAACUAUGGUGUUUGUGGCAGGGAUCGGAAACCGGUAUUUUUUGUAUGGGAACGAAAACGGUAUUUUUUCGUUCUUUGUUAAUUACUUCAAUUCUAAUUAGGCAAUCUAAUAAUACGAAGUCGUUAUCUGAAAACACAACUGAGUCCUACAUUUAGAGUAUAAAAUAAACCGAAAUAUAUGGUUAUUUCGAUGUUUUUGCAAAAAACCGGUUCCGAUCCCUGGUUUGUGGGCCUACCGCGAAAACCGAAACUAACAAAUUGCGGGAUCUCUUUUCUCCAAUGAAGGCGUAAUUAGACAGAAAGAUGCCCGCAAUUUGCGAACUUCAAUUUUCGCGAUUAUAGCCCUGGUAUAAUAUAACAAGUGUUUAGCCCAAACACACCAAAUAGCACAUCCCGCCGGCUGUGUGAUCACUCCUUUAAUCGAAAGCGUUGUCCAGGGUGAGCGACAGAACGCGACAAGAUCGCCGCGAUGCCAUGCGACGCGGUUUUGUGCCCAUCCCGACGCAAAACUGCAUGUUUUGUAUCGUAACGGGUCACUCGUAAUUGGGCCAUUUUUUGGUUGUGGCCGUGUUUGGAAAGUCUUGCUAAGGACGCCAACGACUACAGCCGACGGCUUCGCCAAUGCAAUAGGGACUUACGCAGGAGUCCGUAAAGUUCAAUAUCGCUUAAAUAAUCGCGAUCGCCUAGCGUCCCGGCCAGGGCCACGGUAUAUUCCUUCGCCGUCUGGCGUUCAAAAGGCUAAACACACUUUUUUCUCAUAGAAAAAUCAAGAACUCUUGAUUCUGUGUAGAAAAAACAUAAAUAAUCCCAAAUUAGAAAAAUAAUAAACAACAUUAAAUAAAAUGGACCACUUCUGGAUAUCAUUUUAUUCUUUAAUAUUUUCAUAUUGCACACUUUGCACAAAGUUGUCGCUGACUUUGGACAACGCGCAACCCAUCGUAAUAUUCUUAGUUCAACCCAUGCCUCCUAGAGAUCAUUUGUUUAAUACUUCACAUCAUUAAAUAUUAGAAAUGGGCCCACCUUAAAUGUAAUGUGAAAUAAAGUAUAUUUUUAUUGAAAUUAUUAGCUAGUUAUAAGUUAUAACGACUCUAAACCGUUAACUUCGUCUAUUCACCCACACGAAUGCUUUGUAUGAGGAUACAAUCAAUUUAUAACACAAUUUACAACUCGGCCAUCCUGACAAAGGCAGAGUCCUUCAGCAUACUACACCAAAAUAAUAUUUAAUUCUCAUGAAGCUGGACAGCAAGCUGAUCUACCUAAUACUCACCAGAAGUAUUUUAGAAAAUAAUAGUAAACUUAUCUUCAUAAUGGAACGAGAAUUAAGUGAACUUAAUAGAUUGGUUCGUGCAGUGUUUAAAUUGGCAACUGGCACUGAGAAAUUAUUUCAAGUCAAGAUAUUCUUUGUUAAAACCAGUACCUAAAGUUCUUUAAACUAAUAUCGUUAUUCAUAAACUUCAGUCAAGUCUACCAAACUGUUGAUAAUCGUAUGUCCCUGUCAUUUUGACAUUUGUGUUUAUUAGCGCGAUAAAAUUUAACAGAAGUUUGCUAAUAAUGUUUAAUUUGUCUGUUAAGCGUAAGCUAGAAUUAAUUAAUAUCUUACGGCUGGAUUGAAGUUAGUUCAUAAGUUUGUAAAGCCCGUUUGGGCCCCGGCCUACUUCGGAGACGAGACGGUCGACCCACGGACGUCUGACGUUGUGUCAAAUUUAGGAACAGAAUAUCGGUAUUAUGUUUCAUUUUUAAUUAUUUUAUUGUUAUUUUUUUUGCUUUUAAAAGGAUAAUCUGCAUUAUUACUCGACGUAAUUGAUGUUGAAUACAUUUAAUACAUCGCUAUUUUGGAAAAAAUACUGAUUAUUAUAUAAAUAUGUAACACAAGGUACCAGUGAGAUAUCACUAUUAAACUACAUUCCUGUAAACAUGUGUGCAAGGCAGUUUUCACCAACUUUUUUAAAGUGAUUGAUAUAUUUCAUAGCUCCUAAGUACAUAUUGUGAAUUUUUAGAAAUGCCAAGUUUGUCGUUAUUCAGAGUAUAUUUCUAAUUCCAACCCUCAGUGAAACAGCCAUCAGCGUGGGCAUUUCUUUCUUAUAAAAUCUAAUUUAAAUGUCACUGGGAUUAUUUGUCUGUGUAGAGCUCCCCAAAAUUGCUAUUUGGAGAUAUGCCGCUGUGACAGCUUUAUUGAUUAUUCUCGCCGAAUAUCAUAACAAGAUGAAAUCAAAAAUAAACCAGCGAAAUUCUUUUUUUGAAUGAAUCUUUUUUUUUUGACGUGCAGAUUUUAUGCGAGACCUUAAAGUGGCAACAAUAUUUUUUACAUACUAGCGCCACCUUCUUUACCUACUUUAACAAAUCAUUGAAUAGGUAAUCAAACAAAAAAAACAUGAACUCUAUCUUAAAACAGAAAAAAAUAUGUAUAAAUCGCAAAUGCAAAUCAUAUUCUAAAAAAAAAAGCAAUGAAAUUUUCAACUAGACAUAAUAUAAACUAGACGUAAUGAUGAACUUAAUAUUAAUACACAUAUCUUGCCACAAUAAUAUUUAUUUGUGUAUUCCACACAAAACAAAUCAUGUUUACUAUAUCAAUUAUUCAUUUAUCACAGAGUACAUUAAUACUUCAUUAUAAAUACUUUAAAUCAAUUAAAUUAAUUAUAAGUUGAUUUUGUGCUCAACAUUCGUGUGGGUGUGGUGUAGGCGACUGCUUUAUAAGGUUAUUUUAUUAAAUAUUAUAAGCUCAACCAGGGUAAGUACGUAAAUAUGGGAUAAAUGCGUUUUCUUAAGAAUUAUAAAGAGAAGAGUUGUAUUGACGGUUGUAUCCGUGGCAAACUUUCGAAAGUGAGAUAGACUAAAUGCGUUCACAUUAAAAUUGCAUCUAUCCAUUUCCUUGUAAUUUUAGAAAAUGCCAAUUUAACCCAUAAGUCGUAAUUAUCCAAGUUGUCUAUAAUGGCGUCGAGCCAAUUUUGUAUUAAAAUGUUAGUAACGCAAACACGUUACAAUAUUUAAGCCAUUUAUACCUAUUUUGCGUGCAUCAGUCACGAUAUCAGAGACGAGUGAAUAAACACUGCUCUAAUCUCCAUACAAUGCUGCAUUCCUCUAAAGAGUGAAAAAAAGAUUAAGUAUAGAGAUAUCUGAUUAUCUUACAUUUUGUACGGAGACCGCUAGUUCAUAUCUGAUCUGAUCUUCAAAUUUGAUCUGAUCAUACUCGUCUCUGAAAAAUAGCGAUUAUAGUUAAUUACUUUCUUCAUUUCUUCGACUAUAAAGUCUACAUUGAAUCUACUUAUUUUUAUUAGUUAGCAUUUUGUAUAUUUUUACAAAUAUAUAGUUUUAAGAUUCCACAGUACUUACUUUACGAUAAACGUCAAAGAACGAAAAUAAGCCAUAUUUUAUAUUUAAGUAAGUAAUUUUAUAAAUCCAAGACAUUCAAUUUGAUGUAAUCUCUUACAUGUAUUGUACGAAUACGAAAUCAAUUGUAAAUAUUAUGAAUUGUAUAAAUAAAUUGAUUUUACGUG